GAGGAAAAAAUAUAUAUAUAUAAUGCUUGCUUGAAUUAUGGACAUAUCGAGAUCAGUGACGCUAAUGGUGAAGUUUUUGAUGGAUUCCGCAGGGAGGAAGAAGCCGGAGGAGGAGCUGGUGUCCAUGAACCUAGGCCUCGGGGCGAGCCUGGUGCUGCUGCUGUCCAAGAGCGCCGUGGAGCUGAACAAGAUGGUGGAGCUGCGCGCGCAGAUGGAGGCGCUGGUGUCGGAGAUCAGGCAGGCGGCGCGGUGGAAGGCGGCGGCGGCGGAGGAGGAGCAGAAGAUGCAGGCGAACCACCCCGCUCCCGCUGCGCCGUCCACCUCGCAGGAAUCCGACGGCAGGAGCGCCGCCACCACCACCGCCGUGAAGGACCCGAUCGCGUUCCCCGCGGCCGACGCCGACGCCGACGCCGCGUCCAACUGCUCCCGCACGGCGGCCGACACCGCGGUCGAAGUCCGCGCCGCCGUGGUCAUGGACCUCAUGGAGGCGGAGCUCCAGGCCGAGCUGAGCCGCAUGCAGCACGGCGGCACGGUGCACGGCCACGGCGGCGCCGACAACCGGAUCGCCCCGAUGCCAGGACUCGAGUUGCCAAUGCUGAAAGUGAAGACGAAGAAAGGCGACGCCGACGAUAGCACGUCGCGCAGCUGCGUCGACGACGGCGGCGAUGGUCGUGCCAACAAGCACGACGAUGAUGAAGUCGACGGCAAUGGUGAGGAAGACGACGAGGACGAUGAGUACGAGGAGGAUGAGGACGAGGAGGAAGAUGGGGGGUACGGCGAGGACAGGAUGAGCCCCCCGCACGGCGGCGUGUCGGCGCGCGCGCUGGAGCGGCGGCUCCACGAGCUUCUCCAGAAGCGGCAGCAGGAUCGGAUCGUGGAGCUGGAGUCGGCGCUGGACAGCGCGCAGCGCAGGCUCCACGAGAAGGAGCGCGAGGUGGUGUGGUGGCGCGACGCCGCCAAGCUCGUCUCCCACCGCCGCGACGAGUCGCGCCGCAUCGCCAGGUAGAAGAAGAAACGACGAGAAACAUGGCGCGGAAACACGCGCGCGCGAAACGGCUUGGUGUGGGUGGCGCGCGCGAAAGGCUUGCGCUGCAGAUGUCAGGCUGGUUUCGAGGGGGUCGUCACGCUGCGCGGGUGACGCGGUGUUUACUGCUGCGGCCUGCGGCGUCUUGUCGCGCUGCUGCCAUGCGCGCGUGCGGCUGGCGAUGGUUGGAGGCUGCAUGCGGCGGAAGCACUGGGGUGGUGGUGGUGGUGUGUGUCGUGUGUCGUGUCGUUGUCCGGUUCUGACGAAAUCCUUUUGUGAAUCCCGAUCAGAGUUUGUACUUGGGUCCGUGAUGUUGGCUGUCGCCACAUUUUGAUGUGGGUCGCUGCUUGUUGUACGUACACCAAAAUAAAUGCAGAUAACCUGCGUCUGCGUGGAUGAAAAAUUCGAAAAUCGAAAAGAAUCUUCAA